GGUCCCUGGAUUUCCUUUUGGGCGGUCUCCCGCCCCCCCCACCAAGCGCUCAUGCUGGAGCCGCAGCGCCAUGCGCGAAGCUUCGCGCCCAUGCCUAGCCCGCCAUUGGUUAGCGUAUCAACGCCAAAUUACGCCGCCAGCUUCCACGAGUUUGGGCGCCAGGAUCAGGAGGAGGACGACACCAUGCUUGCCCGAUACCACGGCCGCAUCGAGAUCCGCGGGCCUUUGAGAUUCUGGGGCCUGCAGCAAGCGCGGCCGGAGGCCUUGCAGCCCGUGAGGCAAUUCUUCGACGGCUGGUCGGAGACGCAUUGCGGGCAAAAGCCUCCCUACAUCCUCGCCUUUGUCAACUCUAUGUCCGGCAACUUGCGAGUCUCCCAGGCGAUCAAGAAGCAGCUGAACACCCUGCUGGAUCACAAGUUCACGCCCAGCGGCCGCGGGGAGGUGUAUUUGGCCGGCAGCGUUUGUGAGCUCUCCGAGGUGAGCAACAACGAGAGGCUUCGGGAGCGAAGGAUUUGGAGAUUUGGCGGCCGAACAGCGACCUUGCGGCGGUGCGGAAGGCACGUGCGGGACGUCAUCCGCGACACCAAGCGCCUGAUGGCGGUGGCGAACAUUACCCAGCUGCGCUUCCUGGUGUGCGGAGGCGACGGCACAGUCACCUGGGUGCUACACGAGAUCGAGGCAUGCAAAGACGAGAACCGAGACCUCUUCAAAUUGCGGGAGGAGGAGCCGGCCAUCGGCGUGGUGCCGGCUGGCACCGGCAACGACCUGGCCAGGUCUCUAGGCUGGGGCCCGAAGCUGCGCUCGGUGGCUGCGCUGGUGGGCUACGUGCAGUGGUCCCUGGCAGCAGACAUUGUGCCACUGGACCAGUGGCAGGUGACCAUCACCUUUGACCAGGCGGCGCUGAUGGCUCAGAACGUCUCGGACCUGCGAGGGCCGCCAGCCUUUCGGGAGAAAACCAACGGCAGCCCUACCCAGCACGGCAAGCGAGUGUUUGAGGGCUACUUCCAGAAUUACUUUUCCAUCGGCAUGGAUGCCAGCGUCACGCAUGGAGUGGAGCGUGCGCGCAGGAGCUGCUUAGGAAAGCUGUGCUUCCUCUUUGGCCUGGGCAAGGUUUGCUACGCCGCGCAGGCCUAUCGCACGGGGGGCUUCAGCUGCUGUGCUGCCCCGCUGAGUGUGCAAGGUGAUACGCUUCAAUACCGCUCUAGCGCCUCCUCAGCCGCAAGCACGCCCUGGUCCGAGCUGGAGGUGGGCGGAGUGCGACAGCUCACGCUGAUGAACAUCAACUCUUAUGGCUCUGGACGUGUGGUGCUAUCCCGGGAGGAGCUGAGUCAGACUUCUCCGUCGGAUCAUUUGCUGGAGCUGGUGACCCUCAGCAACGCCUGCCGCUUUGGCUGCGUGAUGGCCGGCGGCACUGCGGAGGUCCUGAAGCGCCCGGCAGCCUUGAAGCUGACCUUGGAGCGUCCAGAGGCCGUCCAGAUGGACGGCGAGUCCUGGGUACUGCCAGCGGGGUGCCAGCUGGAGGUUCGGUGGCACCGCACCGUGCGCAUGCUGCGGCCCCCGACCUGCCCCAUGGGUUCCUGGUCUGGCCGCCAAGUGCCGGGCUUUUGGCAUCCCAAGGAGCCGCCGUUCUGAGAGGCGACUGUGAGACGACUUCAAGCGCGCGUUUCAACCCUUGCAGUGUCUGGCCGCGACAGGCUGAGGCCAAUUUGUUUACGGCGACAUCCA